GCUCGAUUACAAACCGAUUAAUUGCUUCCGAAUCAUAUAAAUACGAAAUUUCGGGUGUCAUUGUAUGUUAUUCAACUUUUAAAUUUUAUUCAGAACAAAUUCAAGAUGAAAUUCUUCAUCGCUUUCGCGGUCCUCAUCGCAGGCAUCAGUGCUGUACCAUACCCUGCUGCCCACCCAAUCGAUUUUUCUGACGAGCGUUUGGUGACUGGUGCUAUUGAAGACGCCAUCAAAGACGUGAGCCAAGCCAUCAAGGACGCUGGUCUGGACCCCUUCCACAUUAAGAGAGAAGACUUCAACUACGAACUUCCAGUACCCGUGCUCUUCAAAAUCGAUGCCUUCAUUGAGGAAGUUCUGAGCACUGGUCUCAGUAACAUCAAGGUCAACAGACUGAACUACAGCGUCCUCCUCUCCCGACUUCAAUUCGACAUUGAGCUGCCUCUUAUCCACUUUUCCCUCGGCGAUGCUAACGCUGACGCUGUUGUCUUCAGCAAGGACCAUGACUUUGCUGGCUCAGGAAGUGUCAACAUUGAGAGAAUCCGAUUUGUCGGCGAAGUUAGAGUCAACGUUGGUAUCAUCUCCGGUAUCUCAAUCCGCAGCCUCUCCAUCUCUUUCACCCUUAAUGACAUUAAGUCUGACGCCAACCUAGUCCUCUUCGGCAAGGACUACUCGGAUGACUUCAACAACUUUGUCGGUGGCGUUGUUCCUAACACCAUCAAGGCUCAUUACAAAGAAAUCAACAAACUACUGGAGAUUGUGCUCCUGGACCUCAUCAACGAAAACUUGUAAAAUGGUUUAGAAGAUUCUAGCAUAGCUUAACGGACUGUAAUAUACUCAUAGUAUUAAUGGUACAAGAUCUAUAUUAUAAACUACAUUAUGCAUUGUUAUAUGAAUAAAUGUUUUUUGUAAGUUA